AUGAUUGAUGAAGCAGCGUAUCGCUGGAACGGUCCAGGAACUGGCCUUCAGCUGCAAGAUGUCCCGGUGCCGGAGCCAUCCGCCAACGAGGUCUUGAUAGAAGUCCAAGCCUGCGGGCUAUGCCACUCAGACUGUCACAUCAUAGACGGCUCCCAAGCCGACUCUGUCAAGAAACGACCGAUUACCAUGGGCCACGAGGUUGCCGGUAACAUCGUGGCCGUCGGACAGGGCGUUGAUGAGGCGUGGGUCGGCGAACGAGUUGCAGUGGCUUUGGGCGGCCAUCCGAUUCGGACUCCCAACACAAUUGGACUGCAAAUAGAUGGCGGUUACGCCGAAUUCGUCGUCGUCAUGGUCGCAUCUCUUGUUCGAAUUCCGGAAGACGUCAGUUUUGAACAAGCCGCCGUCGCUACGGACUGCCUAACUACCGCCCACCACGCUGUUCGAGGUGCUGGAGAAGUUACUGCCGGCAUGAAUGUGGCCAUUAUCGGGCUAGGCGGACUUGGUUCAGCCGCCCUCCGUGUCGCAGUUUUGGAGGGUGCAAACGUCUACGGUGUCGACAUCGACACACGCAGGUUCCACAAGGCAGGCGUGGACGGGGCGAAGGCAUGUUUUGCUAAACUUGAGAAAGUACAGGAUGUUGUAUUCGAUGUCAUCGUGGACUUUGUUGGGAAGAGCUCGACUAUGAACGCUGCGCUUGGUGCCAUCAAGUUCCGCGGUAGAAUCGUCCUUGUCGGCUUGGGAGAACCCACAAUCACCGUUUCCACGUUUGCAAUCAUAUGGAACAAGGUUGAGAUCAGGGGUUGCUUGGGCGGGAGUAUAGAGGACCUGUCUAAUGUGCUGAAACUGAUUGGAACUCGCAAGUUGGAACCAGAGCUGGAGGAGAUCGCAUUCGAUCGUGUCAGCGAGGGUCUACACCGCCUGGAGACUGGGGAUGUACUUGGGAGGCUAUUCACGCGCCCAGGGAAACUGUCCAAUUAG